GGUAACUGUGAAUGUGUAACUGUCAAAAAUAAUUUUUAUUUGACAAGCGGGAUUGAGACUCAAAUUUAGGCCUCGGGAGGAACUGCAUGAUGGAAAUCAAACCGCACAGAGUUUUAUAUUCCUCUGCAAAACUGUUUCUACAGUUUAAGCAUACAGUCGGCACUUGUCGUCGUGGCAGCAAAUUGUUUUCUCCUUUGACAUUGGCUGCUUCCCUGCAAACCAGUGCUUUCGUUAGGAAGGCCCGCUUCUCCCAAUUUCAUCAAUAUUCCCAUUGUGCAUCCCAAAGUAAAAGAAAUUUAUCGACGAAAUUGCCGAUUUCUCGUCCCGGCCAGAUCCUCACUUGUAAAGCUGCUGUGGCAUGGAAGGCAGGGGAGCCCCUGAAGAUUGAAAGAGUUCAAGUGGCACCUCCACAGGCCAAUGAAGUCAGAAUCAAAAUCGCUUACACUUCCUUGUGUCGCACAGACCUUGUUUUCUGGCAAGCAAAGGGCCAAACUCCUAUUUUCCCACGCAUCUUUGGACAUGAAGCCGCCGGAGUGGUGGAAAGUGUGGGAGGAGGAGUAACCGAUCUGAAGCCGGGCGACCAUGUUCUGCCUGUGUUUACAGGGGAGUGCGGAGAAUGCAGGCACUGCAAAUCAGAAGAGAGCAAUAUGUGUGAUUUGCUAAGGAUUAACACGGACAGAGGAGUCAUGCUUAGUGACGGCAAAUCUAGAUUUUCUAUCGGAGGAGAACCCAUUUAUCACUUCCUGGGAACAUCAUCAUUCAGUCAAUACACUGUAGCACACGUUGGCUCUGUUGCCAAAAUAAACCCUGCCGCUCCUCUCAACAAAGUGUGCAUUCUAAGUUGCGGUGUCUCCACAGGGAUGGGCGCUGCAUUAAAUGUGGCCAAGCCAAAGAAGGGUUCGACUGUAGCAGUAUUUGGUCUCGGAGGUGUUGGACUUGCGGCCGCUGAAGGAGCAAGAAUUGCUGGAGCUUCCAGAAUUAUAGGCAUUGAUUUUAACCCUGGAAAAUAUGAAAAAGCAAAAGAGUUUGGAGUAACGGAAUAUAUAAAUCCACGAGAUCAUCGAAAACCUGUUCAACAAGUAAUUGCAGAAAUGACUGAUGGAGGAGUAGACUACAGUAUCGAGUGCACGGGGAAUAUUAAUGCAAUGAUUCAGGCAUUCGAAGCUUGUCAUGACGGGUGGGGCGUUGCAGUUUUAGUUGGGGUGCCUAGUUCAGAUGCAGUUUUCUCUACCAAUCCUGUAAAUUUUCUGAGCGAGAAAACCCUAAAAGGAACAUUCUUUGGGAACUAUAAGCCCAGGACAGAUCUACCAGGUUUGGUGGAUAAAUAUAUGAACAAAGAGAUUAAUCUAGACAAGUUCAUUACUGAUGAAAUCCCUCUUUCUGAGAUCAACAAGGCAUUUGAUUAUAUGCUGGAAAAAAAGGGCCUGAGAUGUAUAAUUAAUAUGGAAGAUUAGACAGUUAGGGAAACCUGAGUAGUUUGGAAGGUUCUGGUGAAAAGCUUUUCAAAUGUUUACUUUUUUAAGUAGAUUUUUGGAGUUUCUAUUGAAGUGAAUUGUGAACAAAGUCCUCCAGUGAUCACUGAUGUUACAUUGUUACUCUUGUUUUAGCCUAUUUGCAAACAUUUUAUUUAAUUAUUCAAUUACAUAUAAUAUUGCAUUUAA